UAACAAAAUCUCUUCAACGAUGAAUCGGUUAUAUUUAAUAAUUUCGGUUGUGGUUUGUGCGGUGCGGGCGCAGAUUCCUGGGUUCGGGUUUUGUCCUGAUUACCUGCCAAUGCCCCAUUUCGACAUGAACAGGUUCUUAGGGAAGUGGUACGAAGCUGAGCGCUAUUUUCAGUUUUCCGAAGUCGCAGCCAGAUGUGUCGUAGCUGAUUAUGCUGUGGGACCUAAUGGGAAAAUUUAUAUUUCGAAUGAGGUUACCAAUAGAUUUACUGGUGUUAAGCGGGUAAUAGGUGGCAACAUGGACUUAACAGGCAAAAAAAAUGAAGGAAGAUUCGUAGUCAAAUACGACACCAUGCCAUCAUUAACUGCGACAACCAUGAGCGUUUUAGAUACUGAUUAUGAUAACUACGCAGUUAUGUGGAGUUGCAGCGGCUUAGGUCCAGUAAAUGCCCAAAGUGCUUGGCUAAUGACCCGAGAAAGAAUCCCAGAUACCACCACACUUCAAAAAGCUUAUGGUGUCCUUGACCGAUACAAGAUUAACCGAACAUUCUUUGUAAAAACGGAUCAAGAAGGUUGCGCAGUAGCGGCGUCCGACUUAAACGCAGCCUUAGGAAUUGCUUCCACUUCAACUAAUGUAGAACAAAAUGCAGAUGAUCAAGAAAAUGAAAAGAAAAGAACCUUAACGAGAGCCCAACCUAUUGUUGAUGUCCUUUUCAAGAAAAAUGAAAUAGUUGAAGCUAACUAUAUUUCUAAGGAAGAACAAAAAAUUGAAUCGAAACUAAAGGAAAAUCAACCAGAAGAAGCCACUACAAAAGGAGAUGAGCCGGCUUCAGAGGUAGAAACUUCUGAGAAAUCAGAACUAACUGACAUCACUACGCAUGAAAACGAUAUCGGGAAUUCUCGCACUGAGUCGGAUAAUUUAAUAAGCGAAAACUUGGAAGCCACGAAACUGCCCGUCGAAAAUAAACCGGUCAAUGAAGAUGAAGUUGUUACUAAAAUUGUAUAAAUUCUUUUAUCGUUAACGCAAGAUGAAACAAGAUAACAAUAAGUAUUUUUUCUAGAGGCCAAAAAAAAACAUCUAACAGCAGUAAUAAUAUAAGUGUUUGUGUUAUCUGCUACAUACGAUAAUAGGGUAAAAAUAAUUAUUAAUAUUAACUGUGGAUAGUACAACAAUAGGUUUAGUUAUAGAUAUGUUUUUAAGUAUGCGGAAAAGCGUAAAAUAUGUUUUUUUUUCUAUAAUUUACAAUAAUUAUUUAUGAUAUGAAUAAAUAGUUACAAAAUAAAAAAA